AAAGCCAGCGGAAGUUGACAAUCGUACGCACCACAUGUUGACACACAACGUUGUUGACAUUUGAGACGCAAUGAAUAAGCUGUAUCUUUGAGAGUUUGAAAUUCCUUAACAUAUCACCAAGUGAAAAUCUGUGUUUCUUACCACUGAAGUUUAACAUGUGUGCUUGUUCAACGCGCUUGUACUUAGUGCUUUCGUUUUUGAUGCUCGUGGUUGAAAGAUCGUCUGCACAAGGAGCCGAACAGUCGGGAUCGAGGACCCUGUCCCUAGAUAAGACUAUCGUCUGGGGACCCGGUCUUAAGGCCAGGUUAUCUUUACCUGCCAGAUAUUUUUUUGUCCAGGCUGUGGACCAGUUUGGAGAAAAUUUUACACAUUCACUUGGAGAAAAAGCUUUUGAAGUGAAGGUAACUCAGGAGGAUGGGAGCCGAGCCCGCAUUUACGCCCAAGUUUUGGACCUAUUUGAUGGCAGCUAUGUCGUACGAUUCCGUCCAUUUGUCACUUACAGCAGUCUGAGAAUAAACCUACUACACAAUGAAAACCAUGUCUCUAAAUCCCCUUACUACCUGAGAGGAAUGGUGUACCAUGAAGACUGUUACUGCCCAAUGAGUAAUAUAGAGAAAUGGUAUACAUCACAUGACUGCCCUGACUCUUACAAACAGAUAGACAAAGAUCUGUCCAUAUUUAAAAAAGUCAACCUCAAUAAAGUGGCAGCAGAAGCCAUUAGUCGCUUCAACAAGAAGGGCAUGCACAGUCUUACACACUACCGUAUCAUCAACAACAAGAUUUAUAGAAAGACAUACGGAGAACAUGUUGGAUUUAAAAUGUUCAGUGAUGCUAUCUUACUUUCUCUGACCAGAAAGGUUGUUCUUCCUGACACUGAAUUCUUUGUAAAUCUUGGCGAUUGGCCCCUAGAGAAGAAAUCUCUGGCAGAAGAUCCAAUCCCAAUAUUCUCAUGGUGUGGAUCAGAUGACACCAAGGACAUUGUCAUGCCAACCUAUGACCUCACAGAAUCCACCCUCCAAAUGAUGUCUCGGGUAACUUUGGACACACUAUCUGUCCAGUCAACCAAAGUGGCCUGGGAGAACAAGACCGAGAAAGCUUUCUGGAGGGGACGGGAUAGUCGACAGGAGCGACUUGACCUCGUUGUUAUGUCACGAAAAGAACCACAACUUAUAGAUGCAGCACUAACUCACAUGUUUUUCUUCAAAAAGGAACCAGAAAAAUAUGGAGAGCUUGUCAAAUCUACACCUUUUUUUGAUUUCUUUAAUUAUAAAUAUCAGAUAAAUUUAGAUGGCACUGUUGCUGCCUACAGAUUUCCAUAUUUAAUGGGAGGUAACUCUGUUGUGCUCAAACAAGACUCUCCAUAUUAUGAACAUUUUUACAAGAGCUUAGACCCAAAUAAACACUACAUUUCAUUCAAAAGGGACCUCAGUGACCUCCGACAAAAAAUAUUAUGGGCAAAAAGUCAUGAUGAGGAGGCAAAGAAAAUUUCCAGAAAUGCUCAAGAAUUUGUCCGAGAAAAUUUGUUACCAAAGGACAUUUUCUGCUAUCAUUUGAAAUUGUUUGAUAAAUUUUCUGACCUGUUGGUGUCCAAGCCUGACAGGCCAGAUGAUUCCUGGGAGCUUGUAGAACAGCCCAGUGACAACGACUCUAAGUGUGACUGUAAGCGAUUAAAAAAGGUCAAGAAACAUGAUGAACUGUGAUAUCCAGUAUUAUUGAAUUAACAGCUAAUCCUGAAGGAGAAGACUGGGAAACCAAAAAUAUGGGGGAAUACAUCUGAAUUUCAUAUCUACAUGUACUGGUUAACUACCAGAAGAACUUAUGUAAUGGUAAUGUGUCUGUCAUUCAUCUGUCUGUUUCUAAACUGUUGUCCAUUGGUCUGUCCUUUUGUUUAUUUGUACACGAUUGGGUCUGAUUGCAAUAAAUUUUGCAUACAAGAAGACUUCAUCAGGAAUACAUUCUUCCUCAGGAUACAUAAUUCUGUUUACUACUUCAGGACACAUAUAUAGUUCUGUUUAAGAGUUUUUGAUUCCAAUGAGCAGUUUUGCCAUUUAUGUUAGAUAUUUUCAAAAAUGCACCUCCCUAUACAGUUUAGUCCGAUUCUUAUAAAAUUUGGUACAAUGUAUACUACACCAGGGUAUACAGUGUUGCCAAGGUUACUGAAAAUAUAAUAAUCUGUGAAAAUCUUUCAAAAUGCUUCUUCUUCUGCAGUUUGUUGAUUCAGUAAAAUUUGGUGACUGUUUCGCAAAUGUUAAAACUAAAAUAAAAAGUAUUUCAGGUCAAAAUGCAAAUUUUCCCUUGUACUAACCAGUACCUCUCAUCUCGGACUUCCGGUGACAUUAUCAGGCUGGCCUGAUUAAAUGUUUAUUCCAAUUAUUAAAUUUUGGUAUUUGUGUUUCAACUUAUAAUUUUACUCUAAAGGCAUGUGCAAUGUAAUUUAAAUGUCAUCGAAAAAAAAAAUUAUGACAUGAUUAACACAAAUUUUGUGCAUGGUAUUUAUUUGGAAGAAAAAUAUGCCAUAUACAGCUUUAUCACAUGUUAGGCAUCAAGGAUAUAUGUUGGCAGGGAUAAAUGUUUUAUAUGUUACAUGUAGAUUAAAGUGUAUGUUUGCUGUUAUUGUUUUUAGGCAGUAUUGUUCAAAUUCCUUCCACAUUUUAGCUGACGCAGUGCAUUUUUUAAUCACUCCCUUUUAUAUGCUUUUCAUCAAAAGAAAUUUAUUAGAAUUAAUUUAUUUAGAAGAAAGUUCAUCCUAACAUGAAUUGAAUACAUGUAUUUCAAUUUUUGGAAAUCCUUUUUUUUUGUACAUUUAUAAACAUCUUUUGAAAGUAUUACAAGUAUUACAUGUAGAAUGAUUUUAUUUUUCCUUUUCACCAUUAGCAAUGCAAUUAAUGUAAGACACAAUAUAAUGAUAUAGUCAAUAUAAUAUAGAGUUUGUAAUCAAGGAUACAGUGCCACAUUGUAAGCAAUACUGGGCUUUUUCAUUUAUCUACAUGAUUUACAUUUACAACCUCUCCAAUAAUGGUUCAUGUAUUAAAAUUCUUAAAUUGGUGGUAUUCAUUGGCCACAGAAAAAUUGUUUCUUUAUGACCUGAAAUUUCAUUUCAAAGUAUAUAGAUAAUUGAGAUAUUUUGACUUGUAUAUCAUACAAUGGGUCAUUGGUAGAUAUAUAUGCUAAAAAUUAUCAUCCACUGAUAAAGUUUAAAUUUUCUGUUAAUUGUUAUAUGUGUAUUACUGUAGGAUGCCAUUUCUUGCAUGUACAGUGCACAUGAGAAAUGUAUCACUCACUUCAUAUAUUUGUUGGAUAUUACAUUGUUAGAUCAUUGAUAACCACUGUCAUAGUAAGGGGAAUGUUUACAUCUGCUCAGUUUCUUUGUUUAAUAAAUCAAUACUAUCCUUAGGCCUUAUAUUGAAACCAAAGAUUUGAAAGUAGUUUUUUGAACUUUAUGAAAUAUAGAUUAAUUUAUAUAAAACAAAGACAGUACAGCUAUACUGGCCAAAUGACAACUUUGUAUGGCUGCAGAGCUUUUUUUCUCUUUACGCAAUUAUUGGUUACGAAAUAUGUUAGUAAAACAUGAAAAAAUAAACAUAUACAAAGUAUUCCAUUGUUAUAUUUGCUUUCUAUUCUAUGGUAGUUAUUUUUGUUGUUUUAUUUUUUUAUUGUUUAACCUAUCUAGUCUACCUCUUGCAUGAUAUGUAUGGUACAAUAUGUAGAUCUUACUGCAUAGUGGCGUGUUAAAGGAUAAAGUUUGCUAUGUAGGGCUGUAGUUAUGACUGAGACACAACUGUUCUAUUAUGUUUUAUAUUCUUCAUACAGCAUAUAUACCUUCCAGUAGCCAUUUUUCAUUAUUGUAUAAAUAAAGGUGCUGUCAUAUUAUUCAUUUAAUUAUAUGAUUAAUGCUAUGAGUCCUGUGCUUGUUUAAUAAAUGA